AUGGCAAGGCUGACCUCAUGGACUAGGGAGAACCCUGGAAGAAAGUUUUUGGCCUGCAAGUUUUAUGAUCCUAACACAGAAACAAGGGGUUGCAAGUGCUUUGAGUGGGUGGAUGAAGAUGGGAGUGAUUGGCAAAAAGAAGUGAUUAAUCAACUAAUCUUGGAUAAAAAACUGAUGAAGGUGAAGUGCAAAGCUUUGAAUGCUGACAGGAAGAAGUACUCAGGGGAAGGGCAACAGAACAGUGCUGGGUGUGGGACUAUUGUUGUGGGUGUUGUGUUAUGUUUUCUGUUGAUGUUUGUAGGUGCUUUAGUGAUGCUUAAAAAAGUGUAG